AUGGACUCACCUGGGUCUCAGGGUGUCCCACAAUUCUCCAGCUUCCGACCUCCCCCUACCUCUCCUCCGGCCGCCGCUACCGGCUCGGAACAUGAACAUCGUCGGCGCCGCCAGCGCGCAGACCGGAAAGAGUCUCCGCGCUCUCGUCGCCAUGAAAGACGCUCGGUUGGUGAUCGCGAAAAGGCGAAAGGCAAAGAAAGUAAGGAACGCCUGAGUGGGAAAGGGAUUCUCGAUGUAAACGCUGCAAAUGAUGAAUCAAACGCUGCAAACGAUGAAUCAAACAAAGGAUUUGUCGUCGACAGCCGCGGCGAUCACGACAAUACACGCUAUGGCGUGGAUCGCUACGAGGUCCCUGCAUACCAUCGUAAUGGUAAUGGCUUUGUACUCGGGCUCCCCAAACAGCGCAUUGAUUACCAAACACGAUAUGACCAAGGUCCCCUUCUCCUUCUUCGCCCCGACUCAGGCUCCUCUGCAGCCACUGCAGCCAAGCCUCUCUCAGCCGCAACCCUGUCUGCUUUGUCCAUGAAUCUUCCCAUUCGUCUCCGGUCUGAACUUGAGGCUAAACUUGCUGUUGAGACCCAACAUUCACAAAAUUUCAUCUCAACAACAGUCCCAUCUCAAGCUGGCGUUGCGGCAACUGCCAACUUAGAUGACGAACCACCGUCUUAUCGAUCUAUCCUGGAAGUCCCGGCUAAGUCUGAAGAAAAGACCGAUGAGGCGCUUGAUGCAAACACCUUCACUCGACUUGCUCUCGAAGCUGAGAUCUUGAAUCGCAAUGCCAAAUUGAACAGCGCAGUGGUACAACAACCUAAUGAUAUUCAAGCGUGGAUCCGUCUUGCUGAGCAUCAGGAACUUACUAUCACUGGCGCUAGAUCUGGUGACCAGACCUCCUACCACGACAAUAUACAAAUUGUGGCAAGAGCCAAGCUGUAUGUGUAUGAGAGAGCGAUCAAGGCUAACGCACAAAAUCCUGAACGCGAUCACCUCUUGCUGGGCCGUAUGGAAGAGGGUGCGAAAAUUUGGGAUUCCACAAAACUCGCAUUGGAAUGGGACGAAGUCCUUCGCCACCACUCUGAGUUCAUCACUCUAUGGAUUGAGUAUCUUGACUACUGUCAGACCGACAGUCAGGAUUUUAACUUUGACGGUUGCUUCAAGACUUAUGCCUACUGCUUGAAGAUCCAUUCACGUGUUGGCUUCGGACCGCAGAAAACUUUCAUCAGAUCAUACUUGCUGCUUCGUUUGACCCUAUUUCUUCGGGAAUCGGGGCACGUAGAGCUAGCUGUCGGCCUCUGGCAAGCAGUGCUCGAAUUUACAUGCUUCCGGCCAGCCCAUUUAACGGGGAAGAAAGAAGAGGCCCUGGUAGAAUUCAAAAAAUUCUGGGCACCUGGGCACAUCCGGAUCGGGGAGCCCGGUUGGAAACCCUGGAACAGUGGACAAAUUCAUCGCGCCCCUGUCAACGAACGUUUAUACAAUUCUGAGGCGGAUAUCCGAGACUUAUUCCCAACCUGGGCAUCCGCAGAAAGAGAGCGGAUGUUUAAAAAUCGCAUGCCGUCACAUGCCUUUGAAUCCAAAGAGAGCGACGCCUUCCGAAUCGUCCUUCUUGAAGAUUGCACGCAGAUACUGCCAUACUUCUGGGACUUGGAGAAAAGUCUUGGUUCCCUGGUUGAUGGCUUCUUGUAUUUCUGCCAUUUGCCUCACUUGACAUUGCCUGCGAAUAUGCACACCAGCCGACUGUGGACUGGUGAUAAAUUCUUGCGAAACGAAUACAUGGAUGAUCCUCGAAACACAAUCGCGGACUGGAUCACUUUUCAGAAAUAUGCCGCAACCACAACCCUUGAACCUUUCGCAUUCCCUCACCAUACCUUCGUUCACAACACCGAUACUCUCUUUGCCGAUCCAAAGAUGUGGUUCUCGGCUCUGACGAAGUGGGCUGCAACCACCUCCCAUUCUUCUUGUGUCAUCGAUCCUAACUUUGUUCUCCUGACUCUCCAAUCCCUUGCCGAUGUCUUCAGAGACAGCCAAUUGGCCGAAUACGCUAUUGCAGUAACUUUCGCUUGUGACAACGCUUGUGGCAAGAAAUACGGAAAGCGACUCUUGAAGGAGCGUUCAUCCAACCUAAGACUUUACAAUGCCGUUGCGCUCAUGUAUUGGAGGACUGGCGACCUUGACGUUGCUCACAAUGUGUGGUCCACCGCUUUGUCUAUGAGCCAGAAUUUCGACGCUUCCGAGCUCACUGACUCUGCACUCCUAUGGAACUCAUGGAUCUGGGAAAUGCUUCACGCUGGGCAAAAGAAUCGAGCAUCAUACUUGUUGCAGGCUAUGCCGUACAACCGAGCUCACUUGCUGUCAUAUGACACAGCUGACGAGAUUGAAAUCAACGAAACCAAUUUUCUCAGGUGCUUGUUUGCCGCUCAGAAGAAUGCCUUGAGGUUCAAGAAAAUGCAAGCAUACGCAGCGUACGCUGACUGCUAUGCCAUUGCCCUUUAUCUCAAGGGCGAGCAACUCGAAGAGGUCCUCGAGGUCUACAAUAACGCUGUCACUUCCCUUAGAGUCCUGCCCAGGACCGAUGAUGAUUUCAGGGUGUUCGGCGGAGAAUUGCUGCACCAAUCCCGAGCCCGAAUCCUGUACCACUACGUGGAGAAGCAAAGUGGCCAAUUCAGACCUGCCGAUGUUCGCGCACUGCUCCUGGAUAGCCUAGAAUGGUGGCCUCACAACACCAUGUUCUUGUCUCUGUUCAAAUGGAACGAGUCUCGGCUGCACAUGAGCGACCGAACCCGCGAUAUCUUGGAAGUGACCAUCGGGGCGAAGGCCAGGGCCGCCCGGGAUCUGCAAGGGCCUGCCCCCAUCUACCGUGUGCCCGUCACAACUCACCUUUUCAGCAUCUACGCUGAGAUGGGCCGCCCUCUCAUGCUCGGCUCGACCCCCCACUCAAUUCGGGCGACCUUCGAGCGGGCGAUCGGUGACGAUGGCAUCGUCCCGGUCGGGCGGACCCCGGUCCGGAAGAGUCCCUUCGAGCUGGCAAGCUCGACCUCCGCGCAGAGUAGCCUCACUAUCUGGAGGCUGUACAUCCUCUACGAACUGUACGCGGAGUACAACGUCGGCCGCGCCCGCGAGAUCUACUUCCGGGCCCUGCGCUCCUGCCCCUGGUCGAAGGAGCUAUACCUGCUCGCCUUUGAGCACCUGCGGGCGGACUUGACCAACCGCCUGCCCCCUUGCCGCCUCAACCGGCUGGGGGAGGUCAACCCUUCGGGGUUCGACCCUGCAGAGCUUCAGGCUCUGUAUUCAGAGAUGCUGCGCCGUGGACUCCGGGUCCACUACCACGUGGAGGGCUUCUGGGCCAGGUAG